AUCAUCCUGUUACUGAACACAGUGAUGCCAAAACAGAGUUUACUUUUGAAAGCAGGAAAACAUUUUACAGAAGGACAUAUCAAGCAGGUGGUGCAUCUUUUGCGACAAUGCGAUCGUAUUUUGGAGUUAUGAAAACAAAAGUUCUCAGACACAGACAUUCCAGUAGAGCAGCUUCAGAA